GUUACGCCACGCACGUUACGCCACGCACCUCACGGCAGCCCUACACUCGGCCUGGAAGAAUUGUUUUUCUUCUCUGGAAAGGUGAACAUUUAUAGCAUUUAUUUCCCAAAUCUGGUAACAUGGCAAAAUAUGUCAGUCUCACUGAAGCUAACGAAGAACUCAAGGUCUUAAUAGACCAGAACCAGACCAGCCGCCCUGUGGCCGUUCACCCCUCCACCGUGAACCCGCUCGGGAAGCAGCUCUUGCCGAAAACCUUUGGACAGUCCAGUGUCAACAUUGACCAGCAAGUGGUAAUUGGUAUGCCUCAGAGACCGGCAGCAUCAGACGUCCCUGUGGUAGGAAGCCCAAACCCACCCAGCACUCACUUUGCCUCUCAGAACCAGCAUUCCUACUCCUCACCUCCUUGGGCCAGGCAGCACAACAGGAAAGGAGAGAAGAAUGGCAUGGGCCUGUGCCGUCUUUCCAUGAAGGUCUGGGAGACGGUGCAGAGGAAAGGGACCACUUCCUGCCAGGAAGUGGUGGGCGAGCUGGUCGCCAAGUUCAGAGCUGCCAGCAACCACGCCUCACCAAACGAGUCAGCUUAUGACGUGAAGAACAUAAAACGGCGCACCUACGAUGCCUUAAACGUGCUGAUGGCCAUGAAUAUCAUCUCCAGGGAGAAAAAGAAGAUCAAGUGGAUUGGUCUGACCACCAACUCGGCUCAGAACUGUCAGAACUUACGGGUGGAAAGACAGAAGAGACUUGAAAGAAUAAAGCAGAAACAGUCUGAACUUCAACAACUUAUUCUACAGCAAAUUGCCUUCAAGAACCUGGUGCUGAGAAACCAGUAUGUGGAGGAGCAGGUCGGCCAGCGGCCGCCGCCCAACUCAGUCGUCCACAUGCCCUUCAUCAUCAUCAGCAGUAGCAAGAAGACCGUCAUCAACUGCCGCAUCUCCAACGACGAAUCAGAAUAUCUGUUUAAUUUUAACAGCUCCAUUGAAAUCCACGAUGACACAGAAGUGCUGAUGUGGAUGGGCAUGGCUUUUGGGCUAGAGUCCGGGAGCUGCUCUGCCGAAGACCUUAAAAUGGCCAGAAAUUUGGUCCCAAAGGCUCUGGAGCCGUACGUGACAGAAAUGGCUCAGGGAACUUCUGGAGGUGUGUUCACGACGGCAGGUUCCAGGUCUAAUGGCACGUGGCUUUCUGCCAGUGACCUGACCAACAUUGCGAUUGGGCUGCUGGCCACAAGCUCCGAUGGAUCUCAGUACAGUGGCUCCAGGGUGGAGACCCCAGCAGUCGAGGAGGAAGAGGAGGAGGACAACAACGAUGACGACUUCAGUGAGAAUGACGAGGAUGACUGACGUCCUCUCGCCUUAAGAUUCAGCUUCAGGAAAACAUUUAGGGAAAAGAAACUUUUUUUUUUUUUAAAUGUGAGGUUUUCUGUUUCUUUUUUGCCUACUCCCAAGAAGAUAUUGGUGAGCUAUAGAAUUUAGAUAUGCACCUCUGAUAAGCAAGGAUUGUUUCCCGUAUGAUUAAGACGUGCUGUUGAUGUGUGUUUUGAUACCAGUGUGCUGACGCAGAAUCUUUAUUUACUUUUUUUAGGAUUUUGUGUUUUCAUUUUCUAUUUUUCUUUAAAUGCAGAGUUCAUUGUUGCCCCUUAACAGUUUUUCCUGAGUUUACUGAAGAAAUUGUACUUCAUCCACAUCCAUGAAAAUAAAAUGCUCUCCUUUUGUGCACAGUGA